AUAAUCCGGACCCACAUUUUUUACCCGGUGCUUACCUGCUUAGUAAUACCGUGCAAAUACACGGUACAAAUUAGUCGGGCUUCGGUUGGAAAGAGCAGUUCCUCGCCAUCUCUUCCUCUACAGGCGCUCUCCAGUGCUCUCCAGGUGCUCUUUCUUCCUCUCCAGGCACUCUCUCUUCCUCUCAUCCCAGACAUGGAUCAAAGAAAGAUUGCGGCAUGCUUCAUUGUUAGCGUGUGGUACUUGAAUAUUGUGACUUGGUUGAUGAUGUGGUUCAUCAAGAAUCAUAAUUCAGCUAGAAGGCGGAAUCGGCAACUUGCACUUAGAAAUCGCACAUUUGUUAGGAGAAUGGUAGGGUCAGCCUAUUUAGAUAGCAUAAUAGGAUAUGAUGAUGUUCAGUGUGUGAACCAAAUUAGAAUGGAUAGAAGAACGUUCCACUAUUUAUGUCAAAUGCUUCGUGACCACGGUAGAGUAAAAUUGGAUGGUGUAGUGACAAUGGAAGAACAAGUUUGCAUGUUUUUGCAUAUACUUGCACAUCAUGUCAAGAAUCGUACAAUUGGGAGUAGGUUUUGUCGAUCGGGGGAGACCAUAAGUAGGUAUUUCAAUUCCAUUCUACAUGGAGUGUUAAGGCUACAAGGUACACUUUUGAAAGUGCCAGAACCCAUUCCUAAUACCUACCCAGAUCCUAAAUGGAGUUGGUUUGAGAAUUGCUUGGGGGCAUUGGAUGGGACUUACAUUAACGUUCAUGUCCCUGAGCGAGAUAAACCAAGAUACCGAUCAAGGAAGGGAGAGAUUGCGACCAAUAUGUUGGGAGUCUGUAAUGUGGACAUGAAUUUUAUAUUUGUGUACCCAGGUUGGGAAGGGUCGGCAUCUGAUUCUAGAGUACUCCGAGAUGCGAUAAGUAGACCAUCGGGAUUAAAAGUUCCCACGGGGUGUUACUACCUUGUGGAUGGUGGGUACACAAAUGGUCCAGGAUACCUUGCACCGUAUAGGGGAGUGCGUUACCAUCUCUCGGAGUGGAGAAAUAGAAGACUCCCGAUUAAUCAUGAGGAGUAUUUUAAUAUGAAACAUGCUCAAGCUAGAAAUAUCAUUGAAAGAUGUUUUGGACUACUUAAGAUGCGUUGGAGCAUCUUAAGAGGUCCAUCAUUUUUCCCAAUUAAAACACAAUUUAGGAUUAUGACAGCAUGCUGCCUAUUACAUAAUCUUAUUAGAAGGCAUAUGUCAGCUGAUCCAAUAGAAAAUGAAAUCCUAAACUUGGACGAAUCUGAAAGUAGUGAUGAUGAUGAAGAUAUGAUUGACAGUGUUCAACCUACACAAGAAUGGACUGCAUGGAGAAACACUUUGGCUAUGAAUAUGUACAAUGAGUGGCGUGCACAAGUGUGAUUUGAUUAAAUUUUUUUACAUAUGCAUGUUGUGAUUUGGUUAUGGUUUGUUAUUUGAACAAAUAGUGAUUUCUUAUGUAUUCGGUUAUGAUACUUUAUUCGAACAAAGUGCAACCUGGUUAUGUAUUUAUUUAAAAAGUGUGAUGAUUUGCUUA